AUGCCUAACGUGAAGCCGACAGGACACAGUAGCUGUACAUCCGGCACAGUUCGUCUACCUCCAGAACAAGCCAUCACCAAUACGCUCAACGAGGUCCACGCGAGACGCGUCUUGCACGGCGUCGGCCCGUGCACACGCGUUAUCGACCUCGCGGAGCUACGGCAGGGCAAGGUGGAGGUACGACUACCAAUUCUCUGCGUCUUCCGACCCUCUGGAUCCGAGGUCAUUCUCGCCAAGGUCAAGUCCUCGGAUGAGGACGGUGUCCGACUAACUGUCGGAUUCUUUGGCGACAUCUACGUCCCCCUUGUUUACCUGCCGGACCCCCGCGCCUUCGACCCAGAAGAGCGAGCACAGUUCCGGCUUCCAGGAUUGGAAGCAACUUGCUUGUCUCACGAGCUCCUCGAGUUGCCCCUGACGGACCGGAUAUGCAUCAACGCCGGCGAUGUCCUCCGGGUGCGCGUCGAGGCAGACGGGUUCCAUGACGAUGAGCUUGGUCUGCCGAAGACGCGUGAGGGCAUUCAACAAGCUCGUGAGAUGCGCCGUUCCCUGUAUGCCGUUACCAACAGAGACUUGGCCCGUGGAGGAACGCUGGCGUCCAAACAACGGACGAUGGCAGACAUGUAA